GCAUUCAUAGUAUAUUCAUGUCUUAAAUUUUUUUCGGUGUUAUUCAAAUUUUUUAAUUUUACUUGCAUUAUGCUUAAAUUUUCAAGUUAUUCGCUUUUAUCGAAGCUAAAUUUAUUCAAAUGUACCAGUCGUGACUAUUGCGGAUCGGACGACCGCGAGAAAUCUGCCUUCAAAAAUAUUAAAACAUUACCGCCAAUGGGGGUUUCUCAUUUAACAAAUCUGUUUCAGGAAGACAAGAACGAUAAUAAAGUAAAUUUAGGAGUAGGUGUGUAUCGAACCGAAGAAAACCAACCUUACAUGUUGCCGGUUGUAAAAAAAUGUGCAUUGGAAUUGGUUGAAAAUCCAGAUUUAAAUUUUGAGUAUUUACCCGUACUUGGGAACCCAGAGUUUACGAAAGCGGCCACCGAACUCAUUUUAGGGAAGGACUGCAAGGCAAUUAAAGAAAAGCGCAUUGUAGGAGUUCAGACUAUUUCAGGCAGCGGGGCGCUACGAAUAGCUGUUGAAUUUAUCAGCCAACAUUUAAAGAAACGAACUUGUUACAUGUCGAAUCCAACUUGGAAGAAUCAUUCCCUUAUUUUAAAACAGGCUGGAUUUAAAACCCUAAAGGGUUAUCCCUAUUGGAAUGCAUCAAAACGAAAUAUUGAUAUACCCAAGCUAUUGGCCGCCCUUAAUGAAGCGAAGCAGGGCGAUGUUAUUUUAUUGCAGCCUUCAGCACACAAUCCGACUGGAAUGGAUCCUACUAAAAGACAAUGGAAGCAAAUAGCACAAGUUAUAAAAGAGCGCAAUCUGUUUCCAUUCUUUGAUGUUGCGUAUCAAGGAUUUGCAACUGGUGAUCCGGAUCGCGAUACCUGGGCAGUUAGAUACUUUGUCAAAGAGGGCAUUGAAACAUUAAUAGCACAAUCGUUUUCCAAAAAUAUGGGUCUAUACAAUGAGCGCGUUGGCAAUCUGAUAGUCGUGUUGAAGGAUGCAAAGCAUUUUGAGGCGGUAGCUUCGCAGUUUACGAUUAUAAUUCGAACAAAUUAUUCAAAUCCACCGGCAUUUUGUAGUCGUGUUGUUGCAAAACUCCUAACGGACGAACAUAAUAAAAAAGAAUGGUUAAAAACGAUUGGCGAAAUGGUCGAUCGUAUUAAAAAAAUGCGAAAGACGUUAACCAAAAAACUCAAAGAGCUGGAAACUCCCGGUACAUGGGAUCACAUUGAAAAACAGCGUGGAAUGUUCUCAUUUUUGGGAUUGCCACCGAAUCAAUGUGAUAAAUUGUUAAAAGAGAAGCAUAUUUAUUUGCUAAACUCCGGACGCAUCAAUGUAUGCGGAUUAAAUUUAAAUAAUAUUGAUUAUGUGGCCAAAUCCAUUGACGAAGUAGUUAGGCAAGAGAUCAGUUUGCGUAACCAAAAUGAUCAAGUUAAAUGCCAUGAAUACCUCACUGAAGACAGAGAAAUUGAGGAACAGAAGUCAAUAAAUUAGUAGUUGCUAUCAGAUUUUAUACAAUAUAAGUGCAGAAUAUAUUAAUUUUGUUCUCACA